GAAAAAGUGAAAAUGUUACCCGAUGAUCGAUCGAUGCUACGAAUAAAACAAGGAGGACUAGAAAUUUUCAGGAAAUACCCUGUUUGGUUUUGGCCUUGGGUAGUAGAGGAAUCCAACAAAUCCGUCUAUCUCAAAAUCUUAAGAGAAAGACCCAUAAUUCCCUCAUUACACCGCCGCUCUACCCUCCUCCUCCUUCUUAUUAUUCUUCUUCUUCACGUCUUCUAUGGAUGAUGCUGUGAAAAAAAUGUCUUCUUGUCUUCAUGGUGAUCGUGUUGCUUUAAGGUCUGAUCAGAAGAGCUACACUUACACUCAACUACUUUCAUCUGCAUCUACCAUAUCAAACUUGUUAUGUUCUAAGGUGGAUAGUAAGAAUGAGAAUUACAAUCUUGGUGGAGCUAGAAUAGGAAUUGUAGCUAAGCCUUCUGCCGAGUUUGUUGCUGGAAUUCUAGGAACGUGGUUAAGUGGUGGUGUUGCUGUUCCACUUGCACUGAGCUACCCAGAAGCUGAACUCAUGCAUGUUAUGACUGAUUCGGAUAUAUCAAUGAUUUUAAGCACCCAAGACUAUUCUGACCUGAUGCAAAAUGUUGCUGCCAAAACAUCUGCUCUGUUUUCCCUUAUUUCUCCUGUUGCUGAUGAUGCAUCAUCUUCGAGAGUUAGUGAGGAUAAUGAGUCACAUCAGAAAGAAUUGGACAAGUUUGCGGAUUCGUUUCAUGUCCAAGGAGAGGAUCCAGCUCUCAUCAUAUAUACUAGUGGCACUACAGGUAAACCUAAAGGAGCAGUUCAUACACUUAAAGGCAUCCUAGCACAGGUUCAAAUGUUAUCGGAUGCAUGGGAAUAUACAUCUGCUGACCAAUUUCUGCACUGUCUACCAUUGCAUCAUGUCCAUGGGCUUUUCAAUGCUCUACUGGCUCCACUGUAUGCUGGUUCAGCGGUUGAGUUCAUGCCAAAAUUUAGUGUUAGAGGAAUCUGGCAGAGAUGGAGAGAAUCAUAUCCAAGAGAUGGAACAAAGGCGGAUGAUGCAAUAACUGUUUUCACCGGUGUUCCAACAAUAUAUACUCGGUUAAUACAAGGUUACGAGGCAAUGGAUCCUGAGUCACAAGCUUACUGUGCUUCAGCUGCAAGCAAGUUACGGCUAAUGAUGUGUGGCUCUUCUGCACUUCCCUUUCCCAUUAUGCAGCAAUGGGAGACUAUUACUGGUCACCGCCUUUUGGAACGAUAUGGCAUGACUGAGUUUAUCAUGGGCAUUUCAAAUCCCUUAAGUGGCCUAAGGAAAGGAGGCACUGUAGGCAAGCCAUUUCAUGGGGUGCAGACCAAGAUACUUCCAGAAGAUGGUCAUAGUGACGACACAUCGGUAGUGGGUGAACUUUGCAUCAAGAGCCCUUCGUUGUUUAAAGAAUACUGGAAACUUCCUGAGGUAACUAAGGAAUCCUUCAUUGAGGAUGGAUUCUUCAAGACUGGAGAUGCUGUUAAAGUGGACGAAGAUGGAUACUUCAUUAUUUUGGGCCGUACUAGUGCUGAUAUUAUGAAAGUUGGAGGAUACAAGUUAUCUGCAUUAGAAAUUGAAUCCGUUCUUUUAGAGCAUUCAGCAAUAUCAGAAUGCUGUGUGUUGGGUUUACCUGACGAAACCUAUGGAGAAUCUGUGUGUGCUAUAAUUGUACCUGAAGCUGAGACAAAAAGACAAAGAGAGGAAGAGCUGAAGCCUGCUCUUAGCUUGGAAGAGCUAAGCGGUUGGGCAAAGGAGCGAUUAGCUCCUUAUAAGCUACCUACAAGACUAUUUUUGUGGAAUUCACUUCCUCGAAAUGCUAUGGGCAAGGUGAACAAAAAAGAGCUGAAAAAGGCAUUAGCAGCAGAUGGAGGGUAAUAACUUCUUUGAAAGAAAAAAAUAUCAGUUUCUAUGGCAACCAUAUAUGGGAAUAAUCAAUAAUCAAUGAUUUGUUCAUUGUCACUCAGUCAUUAUUUCUUAGAAUUUGCAAUUCUAUUAUUACUGUUUAUACUAUUUAAUAGAUUAUUGAAAGACCAAAUUUAUCUAAGAAAUAAUUUAUUCAAUUGUCAUGGGCAUUUUGGGUAUUUCUUC